CACAAACACCAAAACUAUUGUUGCAAAUAAAUAAAGAUCUCCCAUUUUGAAGAAAUUAGGUUUUGGGUAGCUGGAGGUUGUAAUUUUCCCGCCAUGGCAGUGAUGGAAGAAGAACAGUCUGACAUUGAAAGAAAGCAAUCUCUUUACAAUUCCAUGGAUGAGGAGUUCAAGAUACAAAAGGAGAUGUAUAGAGGUCAACAAUACAGUCAAAUUUAUUUUGCUCGAUUACACUUGAUGAGAACUCUCUUGUACUCUCUUGUACCUACUUGGAAACCCCAUUUACCUGUUUGCACCGUUCUGGGACUUGAAGGAGACAAAGAGUGCGUGAUUGUUGGAACACUGUACAAGCACAUGAAGCUCAAACCUUGCGUCCUUGAUGAAUACUCCAAGGAGAGAUCAGUUACGCCGCUUGUACAACCUCACAAUUUCGUACACUCUGAUGAUUACCUGAUUCUUGAAGACGAAAGUGGGAGAGUUAAACUUAGUGGCACCACACUUUCACCUUCUUUUUAUGUCACAGGCAUUGUGGUUGCUUUGCAUGGAAAAGAAACUGGUGCUGGAGAUUUUCUGGUUGAGGAUGUCCUUGAGGCUGGCUUACCGCCACAACUAGACCCACCAAAUAAAUUGGGAGAAGAUAAAUAUGUUGUGUUUGUAUCGGGAUUGAAUUUGGGAAGCAGCUCUUCUAAUCCACUACAAGUUCAGCUUCUCGUUGAUCACAUUACAGGCCAUCUUGGAGAUGAGAAGGAACAAAAUAAUGCAGCUCAAAUAGUUCAAGUAGUUAUUGCUGGGGACUCUGUUGAGAUACCUCGUGAGCUUCUUAAUGGUCAGAAUUUGGCACCAAAAGAUCAAUCUAGGUUGUCAGAGCCAAUAAAAGAAGUGGAUAUCUUGUUGACACAGAUUGCUGCAAGUAUUCCUUUGGAUAUUAUGCCCGGACCGAAUGAUCCAUCUAAUUUCGCCAUGCCACAGCAGCCUUUACAUAGAUGCCUUUUCCCUAGUUCUGCGUCCUACAACACUUUUAAAUCCUGUACUAAUCCUCAUUCUUUUGAACUUGAUGGUGUGAGAUUUCUUGGAACCUCAGGUCAAAAUAUACAUGAUUUUGAAAAGUAUUCUGAGGGGAGUGAGGAAGUUGAGUUUUUGGAAAGGACAUUGAAGUGGAGGCAUAUUGCGCCAACAGCGCCAAAUACCCUUGGUUGUUAUCCCUUUACUGAUAGGGAUCCAUUUUUCGUGGAGAGUUGUCCCCAUGUUUAUUUUGCUGGCAAUCAAAAUAAGUUUGGAACUCGCUUGAUAACAGGUUCAGAUGGGCAGGUGGUAAGGCUUAUUAGUAUUCCAAGAUUUAGCAAAACUGGUACUGCAGUUAUGUUAAACAUGAGAAAUCUUGAAUGCCAUGCUCUCAGCUUCGGGACAGAGUUCAGUUUAUAAAUAGGAAGGAUUUUGCCUGCUGCCUAUUAUCAGUUUUUGCCAGGAAGCGUAUCUGUUGAUUCCCGAAACUCGAAACUCUCUGAGAAGGAAGCAGGUCAAGUACCUGUGCUGGUAACUAUCAGGAGAAUUAGAAGAGAAUCUGCACAAAAAUGAUGUUAGAGAUUGACAAAACCAGUAGCAAGUUACUUCUAUGUUUAGUAUCAAUGUUCAUAUAAAAAACUUGACGAACUAAACUCCUGUAAAAUUUUUAAGGACCAUAGUUCUUCGUCAAACUUUAUAAACUGUUGUAAACUUCAUUUUUGAACUCUCACAAGCAUCCAAGUAGCUUUUGUUCAUCCA